AUGAGGACUCCAUCCGAGGAUGCUAACCAGGAGUUUCCGGACGACUGGGACCUUCAGUUCAUUUUAUUCACUCGUGAUAAUAGAGAGAAUCCGAACCUCACUAUAUUGCCAUUCAAUGCCAGUGACAGUGAUAUUAAAAGCACAUCAUUUGAUCCGCAAAAAGAAACCAAAUUCAUAACCCAUGGAUGGAUCAGUGGAUUCAAUAUAACUGAUUCUUCGGGAGUGCUUUGGAUGAGAAAUAUGACAAAUGUUAUACUGGACCAAUUGGAUGGUAAUGUAUUUUGUGUGGACUGGUCUAAAGUGGCGUCAGAUGUACUAUAUUUCCCGGUGGUUCCCAACACCCAAGUUGUCGGACAAAUGAUCGGAUAUUUUAUUAAUCGUUUGGUUAACGCAACGAACGCUUCGUUAAAUGAUAUUCAUCUGAUCGGUCACAGUAUGGGCGCACAUGUCAUGGGCUUUGCGGGACAGUCUUUAGCACCCAAUAAGGUGUCGCAUAUCUCAGGCCUAGACCCGGCCGGACCCGGGUUUGGCGACGGAGACCCACGACUCAGUAGAAACGACGCAAAUCUAGUGGUUUGCACCCAUACCUCGUCUGGCAUUGAUUAUGAAGGAGACAUAAGUAUUGUUGGAUUGUUGGGAAAUAAGGCAUCUUUAGGGCACUACGACUUCAGACUGAAUGGAGGUAAUUAUCAGCCGGCGUGUGGUGAGCUCAUUAAGAAAAAUACCAAGAACACCUGUAAUACUAAUAUAAUAGCAUACAAUUGUCAAGACCUAGAUGACUUUAAUGCUGGAAAGUGCGCUUCUCUGGCCCAACCCUUGGAACUGGAUUUAAAGUAUUACGACAACACCGAUAAUAAACUCAAUCAAACAAACCCUCCAAACGAGAUGUUCAUCCAAACGAGUGCAUCGUAUGAUUACUGUCUAUUUCAUUACCAAAUUGUGAUCGAAGUGUCGAAAAAGCCUCUGUUGGGAGAGAUCAUAGAGAUUACACUUUACGGACAAAUAGAAACCAAAAUCGAGAUGACCUUAAAUUUGGGACCAAAUGAGCAGAUUUACACUAAUCUUCAUGUCAUGGAUCAGGAGCUGGGAGUAGUGACCAAUGCCAAGGUCACCUCACUUGGUUUGGGCAGUGAUAGUAUCAGUACUAUUCAGGUUAACUUCAUGAGUGACAUCGACAGCAAUCUCGUCAAAGAGCUGCGGCUGCGGGAAGUGAGCCCUACUGUCAGCCCUAAACCUCAAGAGUCUGUCCUUCGCUUUAAUUGUUAUAAAUCGUCGACUUUUAUCAGUCCUACGCGUGAGCGCCGACACCUCUCGCAGUGGGAAGUGGUGUUUGUGGUAAAUGUUAGGCAAACCAAACAGCGAAUAGCAAUGAAUGGUCACACUAUCAGCGCCGGUAUGCUUCAAAUGAAGCACAAUAGUGUUGACGGAUCUGAUGAGAUACAGGAGCGCCGCCACCAGCACUACGUGGCCCACAGUCACCAGUCCUAA